AUGGACAGCGACAGCGACUCGUCGGUCCACGUCGACAUCUCGUCGGCCCUCCUCGGGCCCUCGUCGGCGUCCACCUCGGCCUCAUCGUCCAAGACCAAGGGCAAGGCCAAGGCCCCGCUCCCGUCCCAGGACUCGCUCGCGCCGCCAACCAAGGGCAACAAGAAGCUCACCAAGCGCCGGUCCGACCUCCCCGCCACCGCCUCGGGCGGCCAGGGCGACGACGGCGACGACGACGACGAGGACGCCCUGUUCGCGUCGCUGUCGGCCCUCCAGCACUCGCGCAACCUGAGCGAGGGGGCCGCCAUCGUCCGCAAGGGCAAGGAUGCCAAGCAGCAGAAGGGCCUCACCGGCGGCGGCUCGUUCCAGGCGCUCGGCCUCGCGCCCCUCCUCCUCAAGGCCCUCCUCCAGCGCGGCUUCACCACCCCGACCCCGAUCCAGCGCCUCGCCCUCCCCUCGAUCCUCGGCAGCACCGAGACGGUCGUCACCGACCGCGGCAAAAAAGUCGUCGUCGCGCGCGACCACCUGUGCAUGGCCCGCACGGGCUCGGGCAAGACCCUGUGCUACCUCCUGCCGCUCCUCAACCAGCUGUGGACCCACAGCGACAAGUUCGGCGCCCGCGGCCUCAUCCUCGUCCCGACCCGCGAGCUCGCCCUCCAGGUCCUCAAGGUCGGCAAGGACCUCGCGCGAGGCGUGCGCGGCGAGGGCGAGGCGCUCCGGUGGGCCAUGGUCGUCGGUGGAGAGGCCAUGGAGGCCCAGUUCGAGACGAUGGCGGGCAACCCGGACGUCGUCAUCGCCACCCCGGGUCGUCUUCUUCACCUCCUCGUCGAGAUGAACUACUCGCUGUCGUCCGUGUCGUCCCUCAUCAUCGACGAGGCCGACCGCCUGUUCGAGCUCGGGUUCGCCGAGCAGCUCCACGAGAUCCUCCACCGCGUGCCGCCAACCCGUCAGACGCUCCUCUUCUCGGCGACGCUCCCGUCGUCCCUCGUCGGGUUCGCCAAGGCCGGCCUCCAGAACCCCAAGCUCAUCCGCCUCGACGUCGACCAGAAGAUCUCCAAGGACCUCCAGAUGGCCUACCUCUCGGUCAAGUCGACCGAGAAGGAGGCCGUCCUCCUCGGCCUCGUGCGCGAGGUCAUCCGCUGCCCGGUCAUGACCGAGGCCGAGCGCGCCGCCGAGCGUUCGCGCGAGAAGGCCGAGAACGAGGCCCGCGGCGCCGCCGACGGUGACGACGACGAUGCGGCGCCGGGCGACGCCGACGAGCCGGUCGGCGUCAACCAGACGGUCGUCUUUGUGUCGACCAAGCACCACGUCGAGUACCUGACGGCGCUCCUGUCGGCGGCGCACUACGCCGUGUCGCCCAUCUACGGCUCGAUGGACCAGACGGCGCGCAAGAUCUCGCUGUCGCGGUUCCGCUCGGGCCAGACCCAGAUCCUCGUCGUGACGGACCUCGCCGCACGCGGUAUCGACGUCCCCGGCGUCGAGAACGUCAUCAACUACGACUUCCCCAACGGCACGCGCGCGUUCGUCCACCGCGUCGGUCGCACGGCGCGUGCCGGUCGCACGGGAUGGGCCUACACGCUCGUCACGCCGGCCGAGAUGCCGUACCUCCUCGACCUCGAGCUGUUCCUCACCCGGCCCCUCACCCACCUCCCGCUCCCCGCCGGCACCGAGCCCGACUACGCCCACACCCUCCUCCUCGGCGCCGCGCCUCGGUCGCUCACCGACACCGACCUCGACGCGCACCGCUCGCUCCUGCGCCAGCACCCGGCGCUCGAGACGCUGCAGCAGGUCGCCGGCCGCGGUCAGCGCAUGUACGAGCGCGGCCUGAGCAAGGCGAGCCCGGAGAGCUACCGCCGCGCCAAGGAGCUCGCGCGCAAGGAGGCCGACCAGGCCGCUCGCGGCGAGGGCGGCGCGGCGACGGUCGGCGGCGCCGGCGGCGACGAGCACCCGAUCUACGACGCCUACAUCGCGCGCAUGGCCGGCGCCAUCGACGACGGUGCCGCACACGGCGCCGCCAACGACGCCGCCGUGCGCGAGGUCGUCGAGCGCGCCAAGGCGGCCGAGCGCGAGCGCGCCGAGCUCAUGGCCAAGCUGAGCGGCUUCCGCCCGGCCGAGACGGUGUUCGAGGUGAGCGCCAAGGGCAAGAACCACGGCUCCGAGGGCGGCAUCGCGCUCCUCAUGAAGGACCGCCGGCGCGCCCUCAUGAAGAGCGCGAGGGCGCGCGAGCUCGUCGCCAAGGUCGAGGAGGACGAGCUGCCUGCCGUGCCCGAGGGCGCCGACGGCAGCGACGACGACGGCGGCAAGCGCGACGUCAAGAUGUCGGUCGUCGAGCAGCCCAAGCCGCUCGCGCUCGGCGACAUGGACGAUGCCGACGAGGAGGAGCUCGAGGCCGUCUUUGGCAAGAAGCCCGCAAAGCGCGCCAAGCCCGACAGCGAGCGCAAGCCGUGGCGGGACGAGCGCGUCUACCUCGGGUACGAGCAGGAGGGUGCGGCGACCGAGGCUGGCUACGCCCUCACCAACGGCGACUCUUUCGUCGCCCAGGCGCAGCACUCGACGUACGACAUUACGGGCCGGGGCGACACCGAGGGCACGCCGGCCGAGGCCAUGGCGCAACGUGCGUCGACGCUCAAGUGGGACCGCAAGUCGAAGAAGUUCAUCCGGGCCGACCAGGUCGGCGCCGACAACAAGAAGCUCAUCCGGUCCGAAUCGGGCCAGCGGCUCCCGGCGUCGUUCAAGGCGGGCGUGUUCGACGAGUGGCAGAAGAAGACGCGCGUGAGCAUCCCUCGCGCCGGCGACGACGAGAUCAAGGGCCGCACGACGGCGCCGCACGGCCGCCGGUUCGUCCACAAGGGCGGCGUCCGCAAGGCCGACGAGGGCUCGUCGUCGUCGGGCGGCAAGCGUCGCGUCGGCGGCGCCGACAAGCCGCACUCGGCGCCCGGCGGCCUGCGCACGGCGGCCGAGAUCCGCAAGGAGCGCAUCGCCAAGGAGAAGCGCGUGCGGCGCUCGACGCAGCCGACCAAGAAGAACCCGAACGGCAAGGGCGCGUCGAUGGGCGGCGCCGGCGGCGGUCGUGGCGGUGGGCACUCGGCAGGCGGUGGACGUGGAGGUGGCGGUGGGCGUGGAGGAGGUGGGCGCGGUGGCGGGCGAGGAGGAUCGAGCGGGAGGGGCCGCAAGUAG